CGAUACUUUUAGUAUACCAAAAGUGCGUUUAGAGAUUGAUAAUAUGAAUGACCCGGCAAAUGUACGAUGUAACACAAUUAUGACGUGUCGCCUGUGUCUAAACCGGGAUUCUUUCGCUUUAGAUAUAUUUUCAAAGCUUGCAGAGAGUAAAGAAAUUCAUGAUAAGAUUCGUAUUUGUAUCCCAGGAUUAAAGAUUUUUGAAGAUGACGCGCUGCCAAAACAUGUAUGUUUUCGAUGUUUGUAUAAGCUGGAGCAAUCAAGUGACUUUAUAAAACAAUGCAUAAUGGCAGAAAGUGUGUUGACAAAAAAUUCUCAUCCACAUGAAGGAGAACCACUGACUAAGACAAGAAAAACAAAUGUAUUUAGCAGCCUUAACUGUUCUGAACCAGAUGCAAAUGGAAUUACACAAGCAGAAUCUGAUAAUAGCUUUGACGAUUUGGACAUACGCUGUAUUUCAAAUGGCUUCAAAGAAUCGCAUUUGAAUGGUAAUAGAAUAACCGCACAGGCACACACUCACAAGACACAGGACAGAAGUACUUCAUUUGGCUUUAAUGGAACAACAGAACAGUGUGACAGAAGGAUUCCAGAUCGGAGCAAAAGUAACCAACGCAACUGGAAAGAUGAAGGCACUCAUUACAAGAGGGCACCCUCUGCUACUACAUAUGGUGAGAGCUGUUCAACAUCUCAGUUGCCUCGAGAGUUUCUGCACAGCAGCUAUUUUAAAAAUGAUACAUCAAAAAAUAUCCAGACACACAAACACAAAGAGUAUCUCAAUUUGGGAGAAAACAAACAAAAUUUUUUAAAGGAUGCUGCACAGAAGUCUUCCCCAUUACGAAAACAGAAGAUUGCAUCUCCAAUGAGUUUUAUCCAUCAAUUACCAUCAGGUAGCAUCAAGCAAGUGGAUAUUCAGACUGAUAAUGACAGUGAUGAAGAAAUAAAUCAGCAUAUAAAAAUACUUAACAGUUUGAGAAACAAAUGUCCCUUAUAGAGCUACUGUGAAAUUACCGGUAUAGAAAAUAACACUAAAACUAUUAUGUUGUCUAAGGCUUUCCUGGUGUAAAAGCACUCAGAAGUCACAGCUGAUGGUUUCUCUUCCAAGCUAAGCAAUACUUUGGAAAUCACAUGCUGCUUACCUUGACGCAAUAAUGUUGACUAUCUGUUUAUGUUUUGGUGAACUAAUGCCUGACUCCUGGAUAAAAUUGCUUUGUGUUGAAAUGCAAUGAAGAUGGGUCAUAAUGUGGGCUGAAAAACGCUAAUUUGAAAAGCAGUGGCUCUUGUGUUUAUCUUGCUCAUUGUCUUCCAUGGACAAUAUGAUUCAUAGCCUGACACAGAUCACAUGCCCUGCUGGAAUAAUAUUUUGUGCAUCUAUUUAAUUAAAUUAUCAGCUAUAAAUGCAAGGGCAGUUUUUUUAUAGCAGUAUUACAGAACAAUGAAGCACCAGAAAGGAUUGUGGUGGUGAUGUAAUGAAUCUUAUGUCCUGUAUGUACCUAGCACACAGUGGCUCCUGAUUUUUCCAGUUUUCUUACCUGUUGCUGUAUCAUGAAGAAUAAAUAAAAUUGCUAUACAUGGUGAGGGCAGUCACAAAAGUUAAUAGCUGGUGAACAAUAAAAGAGAGCUGGCCACGUUGAAAUCAUGUUGAUUAUAAAGGACAGUGUCACAAAUGGACUAGGUGGUCUAGGACUUUUUAAUUCGAGAAUUUGACAACCCACUCAAUGGCCAUUUUUCAUAUCUUUUUCAAUAAAGUACACUGUUAUCUAGGUAUGGCUGCUGAUAAUCAUUUCUCAUUACUUCCAUUGUUUCUUGUUUUCUUAUACACUACUCCAUGACAUACAGACGCUGUCCACAAGUUUCCCACCAAAAUAUUAGUGUCAAUGGCCAAAGAUGACAGAUGAGUACUACAUCAAAACACACUAUAAUUUGAGGGAGGGAGACCAUGUGAGGAAAACUUUCACAAACCCACACAAUGCCCAAUAGGUUCAGUAACCUUAAUAUAUCCACUGUAUUUGGUUAGAAUGUAUAUGAUGAAGUGUUUUUAUUGUUUCAACUACCAUAGGAUUGUAUAAAAUGAUAAAUGUCAUGGGAUAACUUUUAUCUCUGUGUCUUUAGAGAUCCAAGUCAAGACAAAUAAUUUCUUCUUAUAAGUUUGUGUCAAACAGGACAUAUUGCUUUGUGCUAAUCAUGUUGAUUGUUAUUUUG